AUGCCAAUUAAUUUUUUCAAGGGCCAUCCCAGUGCGGACAUACUUCCCCGGAAGGAGCUUGCUGAUGCCUAUAGCAAAAUUCUACUUGAAACCGACUUUCUUGGCUACGAAAAUGAUCCCAAAAAUCGAGGACCUUUGCAGUAUGGAACUGAUUCUGGUAAUUACGAGGUACGCAAGACCAUCAGCGAUUGGAAUAAUCGAGAAUUCAACACUGAUUUGUCGUGUCCACAGAACAUGAACUUGACGUCCGGUGCUUCUUAUGGAGCUGCGAAUAUUCUUACUUCUGCCACUUCUGUGGAGAUUACCCAAUCUGCAUUUAUUGUCACUCCAACUUACUUUUUAAUCAACAGCUCGUUUGUGGACGCUGGGUUUGGAGGCAGAAUUGUGCCAAUUCGAGAGACCCAGAAUGAAGAAUUCGACAUCGAUAUCAAGACGUUGGAAAACCAUCUUGCGCAAGCUGAUCCAGUCCCUGAAAAUGAAGAGAUAAACAUCAUUAAGGACGCUGCGGGACGCCCUGACCGCAAGCUAUACCGCCAUGUAAUCUAUAUGGUGCCUACUUUUUCAAAUCCUGGUGGAAUCUCGUAUACGACCAAGACUCGUAUGGCGGUGUUGGAGUUGGCUCGAAAAUACGACAUGCUAAUUAUCACCGACGAUGUGUACGAGCUACUUGACUACACCGAAGCCAGCGAGAGAAUUCCUCGGAUGGUAUACUUGGACAUAAAGACUCGACCCAAAGCCAAAACGUUUGGAAAUACCGUAUCCAACGCUACGUUUUCCAAGAUUUUGGCGCCAGGAAUUCGGUUUGGCUGGCAAGAAACCGCUACUAGCAAGCUUGCAGAGCAACUUGCAAUUACCGGAGCAAACAAAUCAGGAGGAACCCCGGGUCAAUUGUCUUCUUUCGUGGUCAAAAGCCUCAUCGACAAUGGCACUCUUGAUACCAUCAUCAAGAAGUUCAUUGAGAUCUACAAAGAACGCGCAAAGAGGUUACUAGAAGUGAUACCCAAGUACUUACCAUCAACCACAAUAGUAAGUGGAGGCGAUGGAGGCUACUUUUUCUGGCUUUCGAUCCCCGGAGAAAUCGAUCUAGAGAAGGUGCUUGACAAGAUGAAAGAAAGAGGAGUUAUAAUCCCGGCCGGCCACAACUUUGAAGUGUGCAGCUCCGAGCCGCCAUUCUGGAAAAACAGCGUGAGAUUGAGCAUUAGUUCGUUGUCACCAGAAAAAAUAGAGGAAGGAAUCCGGAUCUGGGGAGACGAACUCAGGACGCUUUAUCCACAUUUAUAUCAAUAA